ACCCACUCCUACUGCCAGCCGCCUCCGAGCUGAGCACUCAUAUUGACAAGGUGUAGUCUGAAACAUCUCCGUGCAUUCAACACUGACUGCGAAUUGUAUCGCCUGUCAGCGGACCCUUCUGGCUCCGCGCCUCCAUCCGGAUACACGGGGAAGCCGGCGCGGCGACACACAUAAAACCGCUCGCCCGCCCUGUGUCCCUCAGCUGCGUGCACCAUGGCAUCCUCCCCCCAGACCACGCCCGCUCCUACCCGCACUGCGUCCGAGUCGUCCUGGGCCGCGUCCAGAGGGCCCGUCCCACCCCACGCCCACGCCCACGGCCGCUGCCCCGUCACCGGCGCCGAGUCGCACGACUACUGCCCGCCCCAGGCCGACGACUCCCGCUCGCCCUGCCCCGCCCUCAACACGCUCGCAAACCACGGCUACCUCCCGCGCGACGGCAAGUGCAUCACGCCCGCCGUCCUCGUGCACGCCCUCCGCGCAGGCUACCACCUCUCCCUGCCCCUCGCCUGGUUCCUCACCCACGGCGGCUUCUACCUGCUCGGCCAGCGCCGCAAGCGCAUCUGCCUCCGCGACCUCAGCCGCCACAACUGCAUCGAGCACAACGCGUCCCUCGUCCACCCCGACGUCGCCUACCGCGACGAGUACGCCCCCGUCGAUGUCCACCUCCACAUGCUCGAGGACCUCCUCCGCUACUCCACCGACGGCAAACUGAUGACGCCCGACGACGUCGCCCGCGUCCGCGUCGUCCGCGAGGCCGAGUACGCCAUCCCCAUGGACAAAGUCCACGCGGAGAUCGCCCGCGGCGAGAUGGCCAUCCCCCCCGCACCGCCGCCGCCCGCCGCGCUCCCCGGCGUGCCGAACCACAUGCUGCGCGUCUGGAUGCACGAGGAGCGCCUCCCCGACGGCUGGACGCCGUACCACCGCGUCGGGCUCCUGCACACGAUCCGCAUGGCGACGCGCCUCCGCCGCUCCAUGCGCGCGCUCCAGACGGAGCAGCGCAGGGCCGGGCGCACGCGGACCAAGACGAUCGACGGCGCGGUCGCGGCGCUCGUCCCCGCGCUCACGAUCGCCACGCCGGACGCGGAGACGCGCGUGGUCGUCGAGACGGGCGACGUCGGCGGGGACCCGUUGACCGAUGACCGUGCGCCUGUGGUCGACUCGCCGACGGCGCUGGACACGCCGAGGAGCACCAUGACGCGGAACAGCACCCUCGCGUCGUCCGACGGCCUGCGCACGCCCCUCGACGUGCCCCUCCCCGCCCCUGCUCUCGGCGGCGGCGUCAAGGAGACCGUGCGGGAGGAGGAGGGCAUCUUCGACAGGAUCAGGGAGCGCGUGCGUGCGGUCGAGGUUGCUGAGUGAGCGGCGUCACGGCCAAGGUCGAGGUCUGUGGGUUGCUUGAUUAUGUGUAUGUACGAUACUCUAUACACAUCGUGCGUAAUUCGCGAUCCCAUGAAGCUGUUGUCCGCCGAUGUGCGGUUUGUACGUGGCUGUUUUUCUGCAGGGGUCGAGUACGUGCUGCGCGUGGUUAGACAGACGGUAGCGCGCCGUUCUUGUACUCGUGGACUGGCUGAGACUCACUCAGCGCAGUCUCCGACACCGCCAUCGCGGACUCGACGAGGAGAUUAUUGGCUUUAUGAAGAAAAGAUCCCCCACCCCUUCUUUGCACAAGCAAAAGUGAGCCAGAGAUUUUGCUAGGCUCAAGGAAGGCGACGAAAC